AACAACCCCUAAAGUGUUCCGUUCAGAUUGUUCCUGUUCCCAGUUAAAACUUGACCCUGCCCCAAAACGCCUCUGGUUGAGCGGUCAAAGUUCGAACCGAAACCAAGAACGGAUCCUAAAAUCCGACUGAUUUAGGUCCGCCAAUUUCAAACGGCGCCGGUCUUCUUCUUCCGGCGAAUCGACAGAGACAGCACCUUCCUCCACCAUCUUCGGCAAAAUCGAGUGGUAGUGAAGUUGAAAGAACUAUGAAUAUACAUUUGAAUACUUUGUGACAAGGAUGCCAGGCAUACCUUUAGUGGCUCGUGAAACCACGAAUUACACUUGCUACUGCAGUUACUCUACAGUUACGGAUUCAAUGUGCAGGCAAGAUUCUGCUACACAUUUGUCUGCAGAGGAGGAGAUUGCUGCUGAAGAAAGCCUUUCAAGUUAUUGCAAACCUGUUGAACUCUACAACAUUCUCCAACGCCGUGCUGUUAGAAAUCCUUCCUUCCUUCAAAGAUGUUUACAGUACAAAAUUCAAGCAAAGCACAAAAGGAGGAUUCAAAUGGCAAUAUCUGUGCCAGCAACUGUGAACGAUGAAUCACAGGUCCAGAAUUUAUUUCCUUUGGGUGUAAUUUUGGCAAAGCCACUAUCAAGUGCUGCAGCUGUCGAGGCACAUUCUGCUGUCUAUCAGUUUAAGCGGGCAUGCAUGUCAACCUCAUUCAGUGGAGUUGAUGGGAUAAAUCGUGCUCAAGCAAAAUUCAUUCUCCCUGAAAUGAAUAAACUCUCUGCUGAAAUAAGGGCUGGCUCUCUUGUCAUCCUGUUUGUCAGCUUUGCCGAACUUGCGAGAGAUCGUGGGGAUAUAUCUUCAUUUCCAUUGAAUCUUGAAGGGCACUGCUUGUUGGGCAGAAUGCCGAUGGAAUUACUUCAUUUAUUGUGGGACAAGUCUCCCAAUUUGAGUUUAGGGGAGAGAGCUGAGAUGUUAUCAACUGUUGACUUGAACCCUUGUUUCAUGAAGACAAGCUCUUUGGACAAAGACAGACACAUUUCCUUUCAGUAUCCCCGCAGUUCUGUGGCUCUGGCGACAAUCCAACAGCUGCAAGUCAAAAUUACUUCAGAAGAAGCUUUUGCAAGAGAAAGAACACGAUAUGAUUCAUUCUCCUAUGAUGACAUUCCUACAACUUCAUUGGCUCGAAUAAUACGGUUGAGGACAGGAAAUGUUGUUUUCAACUAUAUGUACUAUAACAAUAAGUUGCAGAGAACAGAAGUGACAGAGGACUUCACCUGUCCUUUCUGCUUGGUAAAAUGUGUGAGUUUUAAGGGUUUGAGAUAUCACUUAUGCUCAUCCCAUGAUCUGUUCAACUUUGAAUUUUGGGUAAACGAAGAAUAUCAAGCUGUAAAUGUAUCUGUGAGAAGUGAGAUGUGGAGAUCUGAGAUUGUUGCUGAUGGCGUGGAUCCUAAGCAACAAACAUUCUUCUUUUGUUCAAAGCCACUAAGACGGAGGAAACAGCCAGAUUUAGUUCAAAAUUCAAAGCAUGUGCACCCACUUGUUUUAGAUUCAGAUUUCCCUACGUCAAUGAAUAAUCUCAAUGAGAGGAUUAAUGGUGUUGCUGACGCUGUAGAGUGUGAUCCAUCAAGUUCCAAUGGUGCAAGUGUUCCCUCAUCUGGUCACUUGUAUACAGAUCCUGAUUCUGUUCAGUCAGCAUCAGGAAGCACUCUUGCACCCCCAGCACUGCUUCAGUUUGCCAAGUCAAGAAAGUUAUCAGUUGAGCGCUCUGAUCCCAGAAAUCGUGCACUCCUGCAAAAAAGGCAAUUCUUUCAUUCUCAUAGGGCCCAGCCCAUGGCACUGGAGCAAGUUUUAUCAGACCGAGACAGUGAGGAUGAAGUUGAUGAUGAUGUUGCAGAUCUUGAAGAUCGAAGGAUGCUUGAUGAUUUUGUGGAUGUGACCAAAGAUGAAAAGCAAAUGAUGCAUCUGUGGAACUCAUUUGUUAGAAAGCAAAGGGUGUUGGCAGAUGGUCACAUCCCUUGGGCAUGUGAGGCCUUUUCAAAGCUGCAUGGUCAGAUGUUUGCCCAAGCACCAGCCUCGUUGUGCAGGUGUUGGAGAUUAUUCAUGAUGAAGCUGUGGAACCAUGGCCUUGUUGAUGCGCGUACAAUUAACAAUUGUAACCUAAUAUUAGAGCAGUUCCAAAGCCAAGACAGCGAUUCUACUAGAAGUUGAAUACCCAUUUGACAAUUUGUUACCAUCUAGCAAUGGAUUUGGUAGAGAUGCAGCUUUGUGACUGGAGCUGCAUCUUGGAAUUUUCAACAUCUGCUUCUCUAAUGUUAUUGUGGCUAGAUGACUCUUCUGUAUUUUAAGAGUAAUAUAUGCUAAAUUAAUGUUUUAUAGGGGACAUAUAGAGGCAUCUGAUGUUCUAAAUUGGAAAUCAAUGAUUCACAUUGUUCAGACGCUCUGAAUUCUGAUAUAUCUUGAAUCUGAUUUUUUUUUCAA